AUUGAAAAAAGUCAUAGUUACUUGUGCUAUUGCAAAUAUUUUUUUUGAAAUUCCCUUCAAAAUUCUAAAUCAUGUCUCAAUUUUUUUUAUUCUUCGCACUGUUUGUACUUUGUGUAAAUAGUGACCGAACCAUUCGCCCCAAAAAGUAUUGUAAGCUGUAUUGCGGCAAAAUUAAAGCGACUGGUUGCAAAUGUAACCUAAAAGGACGUCGUACUGAAUCCGAAUUGAACAAAAUCAUCGAAUUUCGCCAAUUAUGUUUGCACGAACACAACCGUUGGAGAAAUUACAUUGCUUCUGGUAACGAAACACGAGGUUCGGCCAAAUCGGUAGCCGACAUGAUGGUUAUGAACUACGAUUUGGAACUUGAAUACUUGGCACGAUGCUAUGGACGAAGUACUUUUAAUGGAGAUUACGACAAGUGUAGAAAACUGCAAAAUGGUAGAGACGCAGGCCAAAACAUCGCUGGAGUCAGUUAUCAAGACUUGAGAUUAGGCCGCGCAAAAAAUGGAAUAUGUCGCUGGUACAAUGAAGUGAAAUAUAUGGAAAAAGAUAUUUACUCAAAGUGGCACACGGGGAAAAAUAACAAAAUCGAACAAUUCACUGCAAUGUGUUGGGGCGUGGCUAAUUUGGUGGGUUGUGCCCACAUUUACACUUCAGAUACGAAAAAACAAGGUUUUGUGGAAAAAAACUAUGAGACUGCGUUGAUCUGCAACUACGCUGUGAGGGAUAUUAAAGGAAAUAUUAAUUCGCCUGGGGCCUCCAUGUACACACUAGGCAACCCUUGCUCAAAAUGUCCAGAAGGAGAAAAGUACAAUAAAUGUAACUCAAAUUACACCGCUUUGUGCGGAGUACUAGAACCGGUACCAAAAGACAAACCCUAUCAAUUUAGCUCAUCGACGAAAUUAUGUGCAAAUAUAACUCUUUUGGUUCUGACUUGGAUUAUUUUGGUACUAACGUGAAAUUUUUCUUAGAAAUCUAUUAAUUUGAAAACGUCGAGUGUAACAGUUUUUUUUUUUUUUUUGGUAAGUUGAGUGUACUUAUUUCUGUCGCUCGCUGUAUGUCGCAUCAGUCACCAAUUUGUACACUUUCCCAUUAAACUUGUUAAAUUAU